AUGCCUCCGCCUCUGGCCGCCAGGGAUGCACAGGUCAUCAUGCUUCGCCUCUUUAAGUCCUUCCAGGCACAGCCCCGCUUGGCCAUCGUGACGGAGACAAUAAAGACGGCGAUUCCCGAGCUGGCGCACUUCUUCAUCGUGGCCCUCUGCAUGUUCGGCUGCCUCUUCGUGAACAGCAUUGUCUUCUUCGGUCAAGACUUGGAAGCCUUCAGCACAAUUCCACGAGCGUUUCACUGGUGCCUCGCGGCUGUGUUGGGCCACUUCGAUUGGCGGUCGCUCAAGGAAGUCGGCUACGUGAACGCCGCAUCAUGGCUUUGGAUCUUCAGCAUUGUCAUGUCGCUCAUCUCGCUGAACAUGCUCUUGGCCAUCGUCCUGGAUUCCUACUCCCUAGAGAAGGAGAAGGCUUCUGAGUUGAAGACGCUUCUGGAACAGCUCGGGGAGGUGGUUCGAAGGCGACAAGAACGGCGCCGGGGUCAGCGGGUGAACCUCCAGGAGAUUUGGAACGCGUUCUUGGCAGAGUUCAACUACGACGUUAAGUCCAUGAUGGUCAACCGCACGUUGAUCACGCCGGACUCGCUGAUGAACGCAGUGCCUCAAAUCCCUGCUCAACAGGCUCUGCGAACUCUGGCACAUGCUCUUCAACGACAGGAGCGCUUGGAGAUUGGGCAUCUGACAGAGGAGGAACUGAAGCGGGAACUGCAUAAGAACCUGGAGGACAUGCAGGAGAAGGUCACGGAUGUCUGCCGUGAUGUUGAGCAGGUCGUGGAGAAGCUUGAUUACUUUGAAAGGCUGCAAGCACCGGGCGAUGCCACCUAUGACUUCUACUUUAGCCACGAGCAUGCUUCGCAGGACAAAGCAUCUAAAGCGUGGAUCUCGAAGAUGGUCUCUGAACUUUCCAGUGACUUGAAGCACACCUUCCACCAUGGGCUACGUCGAUAUCACGUGUGGCAAGACCACAUCGAGAAGCAGCAGACCGAUCUCCACGAGUCCAUCACAGACAUGCAAAAUCUCGUCCAGCAGCACACGGGGCUCCUGCAGGGCAUGGUGAGUGCCGUGGACAGCCUUCUGGAACACGACGGGGUCGGCCAAGAUGGCCUGGGACUCGCGGAGACCGCCGUGUCAAGCGCAGCGAGUUGA